AUGGCGAGUCUCCUGCCAUCAGUAUCGGUCGGCCGGACGGGCUCACCUAGCUCUACGUACAAGGCGGGCAGCACUGGCAAGGACCGCACCCAUGGAAGCGUCAGCAUUCCCAUUACCGGCAAUGCUCGAAAGACCCACAACGACCUCGAUUUCAACCUGGGAAACAGCAAAGCUCGCGUCAUGAAGCUUCUGGACGACCGCACACCCACCCACUUCAAAAAGUUCUUUGCGGGGCCGCUGUACGACAGCCUGCUUAACGCCUGCCUGUUGUACUUCACAUCGCGCUUCAUGCACGAUUGGAUUGUCAAGGCCAUGGAUAAGGCCCGUAAGCAGCACCUGGACGGUUACAACCCGUACGCGGUGGCUCAGAGGUUGUUGGAGCUUGAGGAGGAAAUGGAGCAGCAACGGCUGGAGCUGAGUCCCAUCUACUCGCAGAUCAUCCUGAAGUACAGCUCGUACGACAAGCAACAACAGGACCGCAUGUUCUUCGAGUGCUUGUACGACACACUGGUCAACAUUCUGUGUGAUGCCUUCUGCUCGCCCAAGAUGACGGGGGGGCAAAUGCCGUCAGGAUCAGCGGCACAGGCAGGGCCAGCGGCGCCGCCGGCGACGGCGGCCGCCGCCGCCGCGGCAGCGGCAGCGGCGGCGGCCGCUGCCGCGGCGGCCGCCGCCGCUGGCGCUGCCGGCCCCGACGGCAGCGGCGGCAGUCUGGCCGCUGAGCUGGCUGCCAACAGGCGGGCGGAGAUUGAGAGCGAGAUGGGCGGGCUGUUCCGAUCGCGACACUUCAACUGUAACCAUCGAAAGUACGAGCCGCCAAGGUCCGUGGACACUCUGGGAGUGAAGGAGAUGUACUCUCUGAAGCACGAGACCACCAACAGAGCCCUCAACGCCAAGAUGCUGUCGUCGCUGUACGCCAAGCCGCCAAGUCUGUCCGUGCAGGUCGCCUCCGUCACGAACUCCCCCCUCAUCUCGCAGUACAUAUCCUCCCCCAUAGUGGCGCGGGCCAAGGUGAAGGACCCCCUGGAGCGCAAACACAUGUUUGAAUCACUGGCGCGGGCGGAUAAGCCCUCCGCACGUGUACGGGUGUCCAAGGCGUUUCGGAGCAUGGCAGCGGCCAAGGGGGUGGACGUGAAUGGAAUCAAACGUACACACAGAUAUACAUACUAUAGCCGGCUCGCCUGCCUGUGUGCCUGUCUUGGGUGA